UCAUAUAAAUAAACAAAAAUAUUUUCGAAGAGAAAAAACGGAAAGUCGACGGUAUCGGAUUCGUGCUAUUUGAUCAUCAUCAUCACGCGAUGAUCAUCAGAACGAAAGGAAAGAAAAUGACAAAAACCUGGGAACCGUCGAAUCGGAAAUCGAGAAAGACGACGAGGAGCAUUAUCCGCUGAACGACGUCUGACGUCCACCAACUCUUUCUCCCAUCCCAACGUCGCCACGUGUCCCUCCUUAACCUUCCUUCAUCCCUCAAACAGAAAAAGAAAAAAACAAAACAAAACCAAUCUUUGUCUCUUUCCAUCCAUGGCUACCCAGUAGCGUAUUUAUAAUCUUGAUCAUCUUUUGCCUCGAAUUGCGCACCACCACCCAGCUCCUCAAAGCUUCAAAACUUCAUUUUUGUUUGGACUGAUGAAGAAGUAAAUUCUUGUAUUCUUUUUGUAUUCUGCGUUUAUUGUUUCAAUAGCAAUAUUUGUUUUGUGGUGAUCGGAUUGAAGAAGAUGGAUCACGCGGCGGACGCUCACCGAACGGACCUGAUGACGAUAACGAGGUACGUGCUGAACGAGCAGUCGAGGCACCCGGAGUCGCGCGGCGACUUCACCAUCUUGCUCAACCACAUCGUCCUUGGCUGCAAGUUCGUAUGCUCUGCUGUUAACAAGGCUGGUCUGGCGAAGCUCAUUGGACUUGCUGGAGAGACCAAUGUGCAGGGUGAAGAGCAGAAGAAACUGGAUGUGCUUUCCAAUGAAGUUUUUAUCAAGGCUUUGAUAAGCAGUGGCCGAACUUGCAUACUUGUUUCUGAAGAAGAUGAAGAAGCAACAUUUGUGGAGCCUUCUAAACGUGGAAGGUAUUGUGUUGUUUUCGAUCCACUGGAUGGAUCCUCUAACAUUGAUUGUGGUGUUUCGAUUGGGACGAUUUUUGGGAUUUAUGCAAUCAAAGAUGACCAUGAACCUUCUCUGGAUGAUGUCUUGCAACCCGGGAAGAAUAUGCUAGCAGCUGGUUAUUGCAUGUAUGGGAGCUCUUGCACGUUUGUGUUGAGCACUGGGAAUGGAGUUAAUGGGUUCACCCUUGACCCAUCUCUUGGGGAGUUCAUACUAACUCACGCAGACAUGAAGAUUCCAAAGAAAGGAAAUAUCUAUUCUGUGAAUGAAGGAAAUGCGAAGAAUUGGGAUGGUCCAACCGCCAGAUACGUGGAAAAAUGCAAAUUCCCUACGGACGGUUCAUCAUCGAAGUCACUGAGAUAUAUUGGAAGUAUGGUAGCUGAUGUCCACCGCACAUUGCUUUAUGGUGGUAUCUUCUUAUACCCUGCUGAUAAGAAGAGCCCCAAUGGAAAACUCCGUGUUCUGUACGAAGUUUUCCCAAUGUCAUUCCUGAUGGAGCAAGCAGGAGGUCAAGCUUUCACCGGCAAACAAAGGGCACUGGACUUGGUUCCCAAGAAGAUACAUGAACGUUCUCCAAUAUUCCUUGGUAGCUAUGAUGAUGUUGAGGAGAUCAAAGCACUCUACGCUGCUGUACCAAGUACAUAAAUGGGUUUUUUAAUUACUGAAUUGAAUCUUCCUAAUCAUCUUUAUAUAAGAUGAGCAUAUAAUGUAAUUAUACAAUUAUUUUACAAUAAACAAGCUCUAAUUUUCAUACUUUUAACGAACCAAGUUGAGCUUCUACAUUUGUUGCCGUAGAAAUUAUUAUCCCAUAUGCUCUUGUGAAGACAUAAAGCAUUUAUGCUCAAGGAAAUAAUGCUGAAAAGAAUUGCAGUCAAUUGACUCUUAA